AUGUCAAGCCCCAACAUCCUCAUCUCAGGUUCCGGAAUCGCAGGCAGUGUCUUCGCAUUCUGGCUUCUCCGUGCCUACCCAGACGCCACCAUCACCAUAGUAGAACGCGACCCCUCACUCCGCCUGACAGGUGCCAGCGUCGAUAUACGCAGCACAGCCGUAGAUAUCAUUAAAUGGAUGGGCGCCGAACAGGAGAUCCGCACCCAGAGCACAAAGGAAGAGGGCGUGCAACUCGUAGACGCGCAGGGCAGGGCCGCGGCAACGCUGCGAGCGAGCGGUCGGUCAGACGUCCAGAGCAUCACAUCGGAAUUCGAGAUCUACCGCGGCGCGCUCGCGAAGAUUUUCAUGGACCCGAUCGAAACACGAGUAAAACUCAUCUUUGAUGAAUCGGUUGAUAGUUUCGAGCAGCGUGAUGACGGCGUCGUGGUCACGUUUGCAAGGAGUAAGGAGGUGAAAACGUACGAUUUCCUCGUGGCGGCUGAUGGUUUUGGCUCGAGGAUCCGCGGUAUGAUGCUGGAUAGCAAACCGCAGGAGCAAGUCUACGACGAGGGCGUUCAUAUAGCGUACUUCACCAUCAAGAGCGACAUGCUCCAGGGCAGCCGUCUGGCGAAAUGGUAUAACGCGACGGGUGGACGCGUGGUUUUCCUGCGUCCUGAUAACGAUCCUGAUGGGCGCACGAGAGGCAAUCUCAUGAACGUGACGACGAGUGCAGAUGUCGAGACGAAGGAGAGACUCAACAGAGCUUUUCGCGAGGGCAACGAUAGCUACAUGACGCUUAUGGAAGAGAUGUUCGGCGACGCGGGCUGGGUGGCUCCCGAGGUGUUGCGUGACAUGCGCGAGAGCGAUGACUUCUACUGCUCGCUGUUCGGGCAGAUCAGAGCACCCAAGUUACAAAGUGGCCGCGUGGUCCUGCUGGGCGAUGCCGGCUAUGCGACGCCUGGUUUCGGCACCAGUUUGGCCAUCAUUGGCGGCUACGUGCUUGCUGGGGAGCUGUUGAAUCAUCCUGGCGAUGUCACAUCGGCUUUGCAGCGGUAUGAAGGGCUCAUGGCGCCGUUCGUAAAGGAGUCGCAGGGUGGGGAUAAGGCGAUGCAGUAUUUCAACCCGCAGACGCAGACGGGUAUUAGGAUCAGAAAUGCGCUUUUGGGUUUCGUGACGGGGAUGAGGCUGGAUAGAUUGGCGAUGGCUGGAGCUUCAAUGCUAGGGUUUGGCGAGACGAAACUAUCGAUGCCUGAUUAUCAAUGGCCGGCAGAGCGAAAGUGA